AUGGGUGGAAACAAGAAAGUUGGCCGCUAUGAGCUUGGAAAGACACUUGGUGCGGGGAACUUUUCCAAGGUUAAGCAUGCUAUAGAAUCCUCUACGGGGAAGGAGUGGGCGAUCAAAAUUAUCGACAAGGAGCAGCUCGUUCGAGAGCGAAUGGAGGAACAGUUAAAGCGCGAGAUCGCCGUCAUGAAGAGACUUCGGCAACCCAACAUUAUCGAACUCCACGAGGUGAUGCAGACCUCCAACCACAUCUACCUUGUGCUUGAGCUGGUCACCGGUGGGGAGCUGUUUGAAAAGAUCGCAAGCGAGCGUAGGUUUGAUGAGAAAACCGCGAGGAAGUACUUCCACCAGCUAAUCUGUGGGAUCCACUACUGCCACCAGCAGGGCAUUGCGCAUCGUGAUCUAAAGCCGGAGAACCUCUUGCUAGACGAGCACGGCACGCUGAAGAUUUCGGACUUCGGCCUCAGCAACAUCCAGCGGCCCACCGUGGGGACGGGCAACACGAUGCUCCAGACGGUCUGCGGGACGCCGAACUACGUCGCCCCGGAGGUGCUGAAGGAGCAGGGCUACGAUGGGCUCAAGGCGGAUAUCUGGAGCUGUGGAGUAGUGUUGUUUGUCAUGUUGGCUGGGUUCUUGCCCUUCGAUGACGAGAAUGUGAACGCGUUGUUUAACAAAAUCGAGCGCGGCGAGUAUCGCAUUCCGCGUUGGUUCUCCCCCGGCGCGAAGGACUUAAUCCAGAGUAUUUUGACCGUAGACCCGGAUAAGCGCAUCACGUUGGAUGGGAUUAUCCGGCAUGAGUGGUUCCAGGUAGAUUGGUCUCCAGAGCUACUUCACCAGGGCCUGGAGUACACAAGGUCGGGGAGGGAUAAUCAUAGAACGUCCAACACUGGCUGA